UCAUAAGUCAAAAAACAGCGUUCUGACCUCUGCCCUGGGACUUCCUGAUCCUCCUCCUCUUAUAAAUACAAGGGCAAAGCUGGCAUCCUGGGAGCCAGGAAGCAGUGAGCCCAGGAGUCCUCGGCCAGCCCUGCCUGCCCACCAGGAGGAUGAAGGUCUCCGUGGCUGUCCUCUCCUGCCUCAUGUUUGUUACUGCCCUUGGAUCCCAGGCCCAGGUCACAGAUGAUGCCGAGACAGGGUUCAUGAUGUCAAAGCUUUCACUGGCAAAUCCAGAAGUUCUGGACAGCUUUCACGCUAUGAAAAAUGCUGACUGCUGCACCUCCUACAUCCCAGGAAGCAUCCCAUGUUCACUCUUGAAGAGUUACCUUGAAACGAGCAGCAAGUGCCCCAAGCCGGGUGUCAUCUUCCUCACCAAGAACGGGCGACGUUUAUGUGUCAGUCCCAGUAAUAAGCAAGUUCUGGCUUGCAGGAUAAUGCUGAAGCUGGCCACACAGAUCAAGGCCAGGAAGAACUGAACUUGUCAAGGCGAAGGGACGCAAGUUGCCAGCUACCAACUUUCUUGCCUCAACUACCUUCCUGAAUUAUUUUUUUAAGAAGCAUUUAUUCUUGUGUUCUGGAUUUAAAGCAAUUCAUCUAAUAAAGAGUUUCUCACUUUU